AAAUGACGGAAGAGAUCCCAGUGAUCGAUCAUGUGUUGGUUUACGUACAGGAGCAGGACAGCGUCGACCCUUACGCGGAGCAGAGGAUGAAGUUCCUGAGGGAGGUGGAGAAGAUCGGCCUCCGCUUGGACCACAACAUCACCGGUGACAAAUGGGCUGCGGGAGUGAUGUCCGGCGCGACGCGGUCCAAGGACAAGAACAUGAUUGUUAAAAUCUACGCACCCUUUGAAAUUUUGAGCCAGACAGCCGAGAGGAUGAAACUGAAGAUGCCUUUGACUGAGGUUGUCAAAUUGGAAAAGAUGGGAUGCUUUCAGAGAUUAUUGGACCAUUUUAAAACGGAAAUUGUCAUGAGCACUGUCAGUGCGCACUAUGAACAUGAGAAAAGACAUCUGUUUAAAGGAAUUGAAAAUGAGGAAACAUUUUUUCGCCCUGCACUGAGAUCUCUAAUUGUUCAAUACAUUCUUACAAACAUACCUAUAGAAUUUGGAGAGAAAGAUGUGGAAGGCAAACAACGCUUUUCAAGGAAUAUGCCUGCUCUACCGUAUCUUCUUUUGAAAAAGGCAUUCAGAUCUUCUUUCGUCCUGCACGACAGAGCAAAUUUGCAAUCUAAUGAGGAUUCCAGUCAACCUUCACCGCAAAAUAUUGAUCUUAAAACUGUUGGACCUACCAAUGCAAGGAUAGAGCUGAAUAAAUUGUGGGCAAACACCUACUUCAAGUUCCAGCCCCUUUGGAAAAUUCGAAAUUAUUUUGGUGAAAAAAUCGCGCUUUAUUUUGCUGUGAUGGAAACUCUUCUAAUUUCUCUGAUCAUUCCUGCAUUACUUGGUUUAGCUAUAUUUGUUUAUGGUCUUCGUUGCAGUAUAAAAUGUUACAAUGCCAGCUAUAAACUGGAUGAAACUUUUCGCGAACAGAACUACAAAGAGCUGUGUUCUUCGUCAAGUGAGAUGGCAACCAUUGUGGACAGAUCUGUUGAGAUAUUGAGAAGUGCAUGUGAUAACAUUGGUGGAAGGAGAAAAAUAAUUGAGAGGAGACUUAAUACAACCUGUGCUACUAAAAUCUGGGCCAAUGCAACAUUCCAAGAGUAUUCGGGCGAUUACAUUACAAUACUUCAGUCUGCCUUGGAUAAUAAUGCCACACCAUGGUUUGGUCUUAUUGUUUGCCUGUGGGGAACGGUUUUUCUGGAACUAUGGAAACGGGUCAAUGCAAAAUUGGUGUACGGAUGGGAUGUUGACAACUUUGAAAAUGAUGAGCCAACCAGACCUGAGUUUUAUGGAACGUCUGUGAAAAAGAACCUAGUUACUGGUGAAGAUGAACCUUACUACCCAGGUACACUGAGGCGAGCAAAGAUGCUUCUUUCAUUUUUGGUGGGGAUGCUCAUGGUCCUUGCGGUAAUUCUCAGUGUCAUUGCAGUAGUUAUUUACAAGACAUGGGCCAGGAUUAGAAUGAAAACUUCUAACGCAUUUAUCAGCUUUUUGUUGACCACAGUUGGUGCCUCAUUACUCAAUGUGGUGUCCAUUAUAAUCUUGGGAAAGGUAAGCUUUCAAUUUAUCCUUCCAAUAAUGUAUUGAUUCAUGUUUCCUUAUCAUUUUUAUU